AUGGAACAAUUCCUUGAUAUUACGAAUUGUCUAGGUGUUCAAGCUCUUGCAGAGACUCACGGACUCCAUCAUCUGGCCGAUACCGCCAGAAAACUCGCUGUUGGAGAUUUCACUAGGCUGUAUAUAGCUAUAUAUAUCAAUAGCCUCCCUGAUCUUCCGCUUCUCUGUGCCUACCGUAUGGGGCCCUUAUUUCUGUUGCCUUCAAAUUGA